UCUCUCUCUCCCCCCCUAGAAUGUGAGAGAAAAGAAAUCAACAAACGCGAAAACAGCAUCCAACAUACAUAGUCUCUACACGGCGGUGGUGGGCCGGGAUAUAUAUAUAUGGAGACCGCGACGGAAGAGGCGGCGGCGACGCCGUGUUUGAAUACGGACCUCAUUACGAAAGGCAAACGAACCAAGAGAGAAAGACCUAAUUCCCCGGUUUCCUUCACCAUCACACCACCCCCACGCGCCACCGCCUCAUCGGAGGAGAGCACCACGACCGAGGAAGCCGACACCGCCAGGUGCCUCAUCCUCCUCUCCCGGGGCCACUUCACCAACAACCGCCGCAGCGACGCCGCGACCACCUCCUACGGCGGCGGCGCCGCGUGCAUGUACACAUGCAAGACGUGCAACAGGUCCUUCUCAUCCUUUCAGGCCCUGGGCGGCCACCGCGCCAGCCACAAGAAGCCUAGAAACGAGAAGCGGUACGCCAUAUUCUCCGACGACGAGGAUUUGACGUCGCCGUCGUCGUCGUCGAGGAACAAAUUCUCUCCGACCUCUCUCUCCCUUCAGUUGAGCAGCGUGUCGACCACCACCACCACCGCGGUGAAGUCGCCGAGGGUCCACGAGUGCUCCUAUUGCGGGGCCGAGUUCGCUUCCGGCCAGGCCCUCGGCGGCCACAUGAGGAAGCACCGCGGCGCCGCCGCCCCAUCGCCUCGAGGCGUUGAUGAGGUGGAGGCCGGAAAGUGGCUGUCGUUGGAUCUCAAUCUUCCGGUGCCGGAAGAUGAGAGAGAAAGAAGCCCUAACCGGAUUCCUCCACCAUUACUACUCCACCCUUGAUUUAUUUUCACAUUAUACUUUUGGAA